AUGCUGAAGUUGGUGGUGCUGUCCGCUGUCCUGGCCGUCGUUGCCGCUCGUCCCGGUGCCCUCACGUACUCCGCGCCGUACGCGUACGCACCGGCCGCCUACAUCGCCAAACCGGAGAUCUACUACCAGAAGAGCAUCAUCGAGGAACCGACGGUGGCGCACGUUGGCAGCCUGGUGAAAACCAUCCCGACAGCCGUCUCGCACCAGAGCUCCACCAUCGUGCACAACUCGGCCAAAAUCACCGAGCCGAUCUAUGCACCGGCGGUGAAGCAGACGCUGGUUUCGACCCCGAUCGCCAAGACGACCUACAUUGCUGCACCGGCGGCCUAUGCCUAUGCUGCCCCCGCGUUGGCCUAUCACGAUGCUUACGCUUACCAUCAUCUGUAA